CCCCCCCCCCGCCGGCCGCCCGCCCGCCCCAGCCCUGCGCAGGAGGGGAGGCGGGAAACACGCGAGAGCCUCGCCCACCGCCCUGCCCCCAGCGCCGCCGCUCCCAGGCUCCUCGGCCUCCGUGCGUCCUCCGGGGAUCGUCCGCGACGGGCCCGCGCUGCGCAGACACCAUGGAGGUGGUGCUGAUCUUCCUGUGCAGCCUGCUGGCUCCCACCGUCCUGGCCAGUGCUGAGCAGGAGAAAGAAAAGGACCCUUUUCAUUAUGACUACCAGACGCUGAGGAUUGGGGGAUUGGUGUUUGCCGUGGUUCUCUUCUCGGUGGGGAUUCUCCUUAUCCUGAGUCGCAGAUGCAAAUGCAGUUUCAAUCAGAAGCCCCGGGCUCCAGGGGAUGAGGAGGCCCAGGUGGAGAACCUCAUCACUGCAAAUGCAACGGAGCCCCAGAAAGCAGAGAACUGAAGUGUAGCCCUCAGGUGGGAAGCCUCCAGAACCUGAAGGGAGCUGCUCGAACCUUUAGAUGCAAAUGUUGAUGCUUACGAACACUGGCCACUUCGGCAGCAGAUCUUUCCCCAGGAGAAGCCAAGAACGUGUGCGUCCCCUGCUCCUUCCCUGUCCCCAGAACACGGUCCACAACUUAAUGAUGCAACUAACACCCGCCUCCCCUGCCCGCAGCCUGCGGUCUCGUCCACCUCCUGUGACGUGUCUCUGUAUGUGUUUGAUGACUGUGGUCUCUGUUGCUGCUUGUUUGUGGAUAAUGUUGUAUUUUAGUGACCCUGGACUCACUUUCCUGGGCGGGUGCUGAGCCAUGGUGCAAUCGGCCCCUCCCUUCUCCCCUGGGCCCCCCAUCAUCUCCCAAUCCCGGGAGUCUGCUUUUUCCCUUGAGAGACCAGUCCCUUCUCUUGAGUGAGGGGUGGGUGUAGGUAGGGGUAGGGGGCAUGGGUGGGGGCCUCCCGUUGUCUUGGGACUUGGGAAGGUUUAUAUGACCUUUGUGAUCAUUCUCCAUGGCCUCUCUUCACUUCCUUCACAAGAGCCUGGCUUCUGUAUUCUAGCCCCGACCCGAGUCUGUUCUGGGGUCUCUUGGCAAUGGGGGGUUCACAGCAAGGACCUGGUGAGCCCAGCUUUGCCUCCAGGCAGGCUCUGCCCUGUCCAUGGUCAUUUCCUCUUGGGGCUUCUGGCACGGAGUCCUCAUCUGCCCUGCACCAUGGCAGCGCAGCCUGGGAUCCCGGGCUCGGGGCUUCUACCCUGCCCCUUGGGGAAUGUGCCCCUUGCAUAUCUUCUCAGCAAUAACCCCAUGGGCUCUGGAACCCUGCUCCUCUCCCUCCACCCCCCCGUCUUCCCUGCUUCGGAGACUCCCAGCUACAGCCCAGCCCUUCUGGACUCAGACGCCUGUCCCUGAAUGAGGUCUCUGGGAGGUGAGGGCUGAAGGGACCCAUUCUGUGGGGGCCAGCACUGUGGGGAGGGGCAGCCAGGAGAGCAGGGGACCUUUGCUUCUCUGCGCUCCCCCCACCACCACUGGCCGGGCAGCGGAUGGCUCCGCCCCUGUGCUCCGCCCAUCCCUGGUUAGAGAGGCAGGUGCAGCUGCCGGCUGCAGGUUAGAGACCUGGCAGGUACGCACAGCCCUGCUGCCGAGGGAGCAGCGAGAGGUCGAAGGUCCAGCCAGACCCCGCCUGUCCCAUCCAUCGUGUUCUUGUGGAAACUAGCCAAACCGCACCGCUGUGACCGGCACUGCUGUUCUCCGUGUUGUGACCUAUCCUCUCAACAACAAAAAGGAAUAAAAUACCGUUUGUUUCCUAGUG